AUGUCAAAUGAUGGGAGAUCGAAUGCCUUAGGAGGCCGUCAUGGAUUUUUAGGAUUCGUCCCAGCGUUAGUUAUUAAGAAUAUAUUAGAUUAAAAAAAUAUGAUGUAGCAAUCGCAAAUAUAAGGAGCGAUUGCGCAGGUUAACGCUGUCCCUGAAUUGCCUAUCAAGCAGGAAUUGAGAUCAGUUGUCAUGUUCGCUGAUAUUUCUGGUUUUACAAACCUCACUGAAAGUUAUUCAAAAAUAGGACCUGAAGGCAAUGAGAUUAUAGCGUUUGCAAUCAACAGAUAUAUGGAGCUGAUGGUGCAAGAAAUUGGGAAAUCAGGUGGAGAUAUUUUUAAGUUUGCGGGAGAUGCCAUGAUAGUUGUGUGGCCUCCUCCUCCUGAUGAAAAGAAAACAGAGUAAGACAAGGAUCUGUUUCUUUUAAACAGUUGCCAUUUGGCAGUGUAAAGUGCGAUGAAUAUUCAAAAAAAAUUAAAGGAAACCAAAAUUGUUGAUUAAAUUAUGCUCUCUGUUAAAAUAGGUUUCGGCAUAGGUGAUUUCUCAAUUAUUUAUGUUGGAGGAGUUUUAAAUAGAGCAGAGUAUCUUCCUGCUGGUAAUCCCCUCAUUUAAGCCUUUGAAAGCGAGUCUCACGCUGAGAAGGGAGGUGUUGUUAUCAUUUCAGAAGAAGUUGAGCACUACCUUCGUAGGGAGAACUACUUUGAUAUGCAAGAAGUUACUAAAAAGGAUGAUAAAAAAAAAUUUUUUUAGGUGUUGAAUACGAAAUAAAAAGUUAGAAAUGUGUCUGCCUCUUUGUAAAUUAAAGAUUAACUUUCUCCUGCUUAGAUUGAAAUUAUACGUCCCGAUGUUGAAAGAUAUAUUCCUAAAGCAUUGAAAAUGUAUAUAAAUUUAGGCUUAGAAAGGUGGUCUAGUGAACUCAGAUGGCUCACUGUACUGUUUAUGAACAUAGGCAUUGACCUCAAUCAUAUUGCUUCUUAGGAAGGUCUCAAUAGAAUUUAAAAAGUUAUUGAAUGUAUUCAAAAAUGUGUUUAUCUCUAAGAAGGCUCGCUAAAUAAAUUUCUUAUGGAUGAUAAAGGAAGUACUAUGAUUGUUGUUUUUGGGCUUCCUCCUACUUCUCAUGAAGAUGAUGCUGCUAGAGCUGUCCUAUGUGCACAAUAAAUUUAUAAAUCCUUAAAAAAAAUGAACUGUAAAUGCAGCAUUGGUAUAUCUUCUGGACUGGUUUUUGCUGGUGUGGUUGGUACAAGUGGUAAUCGUAGAGAGUAUUCAGUUAUUGGAGAUAGUGUCAAUUUAUCAGCUAGAAUUAUGUCUUGUGCUUGCAAGGAGAAAGAUAAGAGAAUACUUGUUGAUGAAACUACUGCAAAAUAAGCAAUGAAUAAAAUUGAUUUCAGAUUCUGGGAUUGGAAAAAAUUCAAGGGAAAGAGCAUGUACCUUCCUAUUUAUGAGCCAUUAUUUUUUUCUUCUGAGAAAAUGAAAUAGGAGUAUAAGGACAAUUAUUUUCCUUAAAUAAGAACUCAUAGAUAUUGUUAUCCUAUUUGGAAUUCUAAACUUUUAGAGAAGCCAAACGAUGAUGGUUCGACGGAUACUCCUGUUCCAAUAAUUUAAAAUAAAAAAAUGAGUGCUACUAGAAAGAUGUUAAAUCAGCCAUUGAAUGCAAAUGCUUAAAAUAUAUUUUUUUCUCCGAAAGUCAUAGAAGGAGGAGGUUUUCUGAGGGAUACUUCACAUUCUAUGGUAGGAACUCCUUUAUUAAGCAAAUAGCAUGACGAAUAAAAGAAACAGAUGAAUUUAUAUAAAACUAUUGUUCUUUCCGAAGAUAAAUUUUAAAAAGCAUACGGAAUCUUUAAGUAAUUCAUGAAAGGUCUUUAAAAUCAGUAGAUGAAAGGUAAAAUUAUGAGAUGUAAGGGGUUUACUUUAAUAAAAGGACCAGUUGGAGUGGGAAAAUCUCUGUUUUUAAGAAAGUUGCUUCUUAGCAUACAUGAUGAUAUUCAUAAAAAGACAUACAUGAAAUUUAAAUAUGAUGAAUCAGUUUAGAUUAUUGUUUCUAGCAUCAAUUCAAAGACUUCAAAAUAUAAAUGCAACGGAAUGAGGAAACCAAUAAAAACUCUAUUUAAAUUAUUAAUGAAAAGAAUGAAUAUGCAUGAUACUUCUCUAGAAGCAAAGAUAAAGUUUUUGUAUAAUUAAAUACCUUCAUUAUAAAGUUAAUCACAAUACAUGCAGACUACAAUCAAACAGCUCUUUGGGUUAGAAAAAUUUAAUCUUUUAGCUAGAUUCGAUGCUCCUUCAAAGAUAAGUAAGGAGACUUAAAUAAGUGUGGGAGAAGACUCAGACGAAAGAAUAAAAAAUGAAUACAUGCUCAUAGCUAAACUUGUAAGAGAAUUCUUUUCUGCUUAUUUAGAGCAGAAAGAACAUUAUGACAUGGAAGGACAUAUACAUAUUAAUAACUCAAGAGGAUCAUUUAACCCUAAAAACUUUGUUGCACCAUUAAUUAUAGUCUUAGAAGACAUUCAUAACUAUGAUGUCUACUCAUUUAAAAUGAUAAGAACUCUAUUGAAAUAUUUUGAUAACAUACAAUUUUUUGCCACUGCCCGUACAAAUUAUUUCGAAAAACCUGUUCAAGUAGAUGCAAAUCCGAAAACCCCGAUGCAAGAAGAUAUUUAUCAGGAUGGAGUUUCGUCAAUAGAAGAAUUGCUUCUUGACAUGAGUGUUGAUUUAUACUAAGUGAUUGAACUUAACAAUUUUUCGUUUAAGGAAUCUGAGAAGAUCAAAGAACUAUUAAAAGUUAUUCUAAAUAUUGAAAAUGUGUCAUAUAAAAAUAAGAAUGAUAGAGAUGAAAGUGAUGACAUUGAUUUAAGUUCAAUUUCAUUCUUGUUUUACAGCUAAAUUAAAGAGAGAUUAUAAGAAUUUCCUAAGUUAUUUUUCUAUUAUUUUCUUUAGUUCAAGACAAAUGGAAAUCCAUUGUUACUUCUAGAUUGUGUGGAGACUUUCUUGGAAAGUAAACUUUUAUUAAUGGCAGGUAAAAACAUCAGCUAAGAAUAAUUAGAAAAAGAAGGCUAUAAAACAAGUUACAACUACAGAAAAACCGUAUUCAUUACUGAAGAGUUGAGGAACUUAAUGCUUUGUGAAGAAUUCAUCACAAUCAACUCUCCUCUAAUAAAAAGGAAAAUUUAUGGCCCGAUUCUCGAUCAGAUUAAAACUGAGGAACUCUUAAUUAUGAAAAUAGCAAGCGUAAUUGGAACUGUCUUCGAUUUUGAAAUGUUGAGCAAGGUGUAGCCUUUUAAGGAGUUAAUUAAAAAUGAUUAGCUAAUAGACUUGUUGACUAAUUUAGAGCAAAACUAGUUUAUUGAAAUAGUUGAGCACAACUCGAAUAACAUUUAUUUUAGAUGCACUCACCCAUAUAUAAGAGAAGUUAUUUAUUAGCGCAUGGAUUUCUCCCAGAGAAGGCAACUUCAUAUAAACGUAGCAGAAAAUAUAUAAACAAUGACCCAAUUAGAAAACAGCGAAUAACAUGAAAAAAGAAGAUUAUUGUUUCAUUUAAAGCUAGGAGAAAACACUCGUCGCUAAACCUUACGUUAAGAUGAUAAGCAAAUAGAGCUAAAAGCUAAAACUGCCAUCAUUGUAAAAAAGGUUACUAAUUUACUCAAACAAAGUAGCAACCGUUCAGAUCGUAUGUGUGUCCUCCACAAUUCUAUUCUAAGCAAAAAAAGUGACAAAGGUGUAACCAAAGCCGAUAGAUACGUGAUCCUUACAAUUUAUGAUCUUAGAUACUAUCACAACAUAAAGGAAUUCGAAGAUAGUCCUUAGGAGUUUUUGGCAUCUAUUUUGCUAAAAGAUAUAAUUAGCAUAGAAAAAACAAAGGAAAUUCAGGGAUAGACUCAAUUUAUCUUGCAUGCAGAAAAGUGGUACAAAAAGGAUUAACUUAAAAAUAGCAAAAGAGAUUUCAUUUUUUCAAGCAAUGAGGAAGAUAUUUUUGAUGAAUGGUAAAUAUAUAUUGAAUAUGCUAAAACAUAUCAAUAGUUCAGCUAUUUUACACAAAAUUUUGGAAAAAUUCAACUACCACUUGAAAUAGCUUCUGUUCAAUAGUAGCAGUUAUACAGAUGGUAUGACUAUGAAAGAAGAAACAGAUAAACUAACAAAGAAAGAUCUACGAGUAUGAGAUUGCCUAAAAACUUUCAUGGAGGAAGACUCACUCUUAAUAAAUCAAAAUUAAGUGUCAGUAUCAGAAAACUUAAAAACACAAUAGAAGAAGAACCCUAAAACGAAUAUAUCAACAACACAGAGUAAAUAUAACUGAACAAGGAAAGAGUAAAAACUCUAAUCCACAAAGGCUUAAUGCUCUUCAUGAGCCAUAUUGCAGAAAUGUCCAUUCUAACUGAUGAAAGAUACAAAAAAAUUGGAUAAUCUACACUAUUCCAUGCAUAAAACCCGAAACUAUUCAAAGUAGAUAAAGAGUACCUUUUCUAGAACUACAAUCCUCUAAGAGGAGACAGCAAUUACUUUGAUCGUUCCAAAAUACAUAAAAGCAGCGAUGAAUAGCACUCUAAUGAUGAACAGACAUCACUAAGCUCUGAUAAAUCGAUACCAAAACGCAGUGUGACAGGGAUACCUAAAGAAAUUUUGACUGAAAUUAAGGAAGAGGAAGAAGAAAAUAUGAAAUAGCGCUCAAACAAUAAAAAUAAAUUAAGUGACUAGUUCUAUGCUGAAGAGACUGCUGCUUCUCAUUAACCAAGUAACACUUCAUAAAACUAAGACAUAAUGAAUUAAAUGAACAGCUAAAGAAACAACCAGAAAUCUUUUUCUGUAACCACUAAAUACUCAAAUAACAAGAAUACUCAGUCAGGAUUUGAAUCUAGAGGAGUAGAAGAUAACGAAAAUCUUUUCAACCAGUCUUCAAUUGAAAUUAAAUCUCCUUAUUUAGAUUAAAAUAUUCUACACACAGAUCCAGUAAAUGAAACUGAAGCUAUUUACAAAAACAAAGAGAGUAACAAAGUGGUAAUUCUUCAAUCAGUAAAAGAAGUUGACAGCAACGACUCUUCAUCUGUUAUGUCUAAUUAGCUUAGAAGGAGUCAAAACAGAUACAGUUCUUUAUAUGAAAAAUAUCAAUAUACUCAGAAUUACAGUUCGAAUGAGAGGAAAGACUCUCAAGUUUACCAAAAUUCAGAUGAAAAUCAUAAUAAGCAAGAUUUCACUUCUUCUUCGAAAUCUGCAGAGUUAUCUAGUAAUUCUAGUCCAAACCAAGCUAUUAAAAGUAACAGUUAAAAUAACCACAUAGAUUUAGAAAACAACAAUAAUCAAGUAAUUGAUACUUUUUAGAAUCUUCCAUAAACUUAAUAAUAAACAGGGAACUUUCUAAAUGUAUAAAACUGUAAUUAGUAACCCAAUAAUUCUAUUAAGUAAAAGGGUAAUAAAAAUUUCUUAACUGAAGAGUCGAACAAAGCCAAUAAUAACAAUAAUAAUAACAAUUAAUUGCCAAAGAAUUCUAGUGUUACUGCCUUUAGCGGCUAUGAAAAUGGAUAAAUAUCAUCAGAGAUCAAAGACAAUCAAACAAGCUAAUAUACAUUAACAUCAAAUUAAGGAAGCACUGUAGCUCUGAUGAAUGAAAAUCCUAACUUUUUAGCAAGUCACUCUCCUUUAGUGAUUAAGAAAGUACGUCCUUCUCAAUGGAACAAUAUUCCUUUAAUGAACUUAGAACAAUCAGAGAGCAACAAUAACUUUAACAUCUAAGAUAUUUCCGAUAUUUAUCAUUAAAAUGCAAACUGCAGUGAUUAAUAAAGUCCGUAGAAAGAUGAAAUAUUAACUAAAUCAGAGUUUCUAAUCUACUAAGGCCUUUCUUCACCACCUAUUUAACAAUAAUUUUCUUAAUUGAGCUCCAGUUCUAAUCAAAAUAAAGGCCUGCUAGAUAGUAACCCAAAUAGUCCUGUUAAAUCAAUUAACCACAGCUAAAGUGCAAUGCAAAGUAUCAAUUUAAAUUAAUUAAAAUCUGAAAAACUCUCAGUCACUUCCAAUCUCUAAGUUCAAACACAGCCUAGUAAUUUCGAAUUCUCAAACUCUCCUUCAAACAACAGCUAAAAAAUACCUCUUGGAGCUAUAUCGACAUUUAAAGAUGGCAAUCUCUUUUCUCCAACUAAACAAACCUAAUAAUUUGGUUUCAGAUAAUCGUAGCAAAGUCAAGCAUCUUAACAAAACACGAACAGUCCAAGCUAAAUGAUUUAAGGCGGUGUUUCUACUAACAAUAACUAAUAGGCAUAGUUGUCGUCCUAAGUAGAGAGAGGCACUUCAUAAGCUAUUUCCUCUGACAAAAUAAUCAGCAACAACAAUAGCAACAAUAUUUAAUAAUAAUAGCAAUAAUAAUAAUAAAACAACAUUUCUAAUCAAUAGAAUAUCAUGAACGCUGUUCCUCCUUAGGCUGAUAAUAACAACAACAACAACAAUAAUAAUAAUAAUAAUUAAAAAAUUGCCUAAAUAGAAUAAAAGCAGUAGAUGUAAAAUAGUUGCAAUUUAUCUGAAUAGACAGAAGCGUCACAGGAAAAAUACCUUUAAAGUCCCUCACUGAAAAGCGAGAAGGGAAAAGUUGCUGGAUAGCUUUCUAUAAACCUGAGAAAAAGCGUUGUGAGCACAACAACUCAAGUUACUUCAGAAAGAAGUGAAUAUAAACAGAAGGAAGAAACUUCUUAGAAUGAAAAUUAAAGAUAAAGUAUCUCAGCUUAUUAACAAUAGGCUUAAAUAAUUCAAAAUCAACCAUAAAAUGAUUUUAGUCCUAAUCAAUCUAAUGAAAUGUACUCUUUCAACAUGAAAACCAAUAUUAACAGUUCCCAUAUUAACAACACAUCAGAUUAAAUAUCUCCAAGAGCUCAUAUCGACUCACAGCAUCAUAUUAUUUUGAAUAAAAAUAUCUCUGUAAGCUCUAAUAUUACUGGGUAGUUCAACUAAUAAAGUGAUUAAUCAUCAACUCGUUUUGACUAUGUUAAGAAUGACUAUUACCAACAUAAUUAAGACAUUUCAAACCCAUCUAUCUAAAACUUGAGUGCCACAAAUAACAUCACCUAUCCAUUCUAAAAUCCUUAUAUUGUAUCAGAAGUAAAUUAAAAUGCAAUGACUCGUUAAACUACUAUCUCUGUUAGAGGCGAUAAAUUAAUUCUAACUAAAAUGCUCCAAGUAAAAAUACUAAAAUUCUAUUCAGACGAUACUGUAGAAGUAAAUUUUGAAGGUGUUACAGCUAUCUUUCCCAAAAAAGAUUUUAUCCUACUAAAUUAAAAUUCAUCUGUAUUUAGAAAAAGUGAAAGUUAACCUCCUGAAAAAAAGCUUAGUAUAAAUAAAAGCACCAACAACCAAACAAUUAAAAUAUCGCCAAAUAAAUAAACUUCUUACUAACCUAAUUAAAAUACAAAAACCCAACAAAUUAGCAUCAACAAUAACGGAAGAAGUGCUUCACUAUAUCUUCCUUAAUAAUCUUUACAAAAAAAUAAUAGCUAACAACAAAUAAUUAAUGGAAAGAAAUUUUAAAAAUCAAACAAUUCACCUCCUUCACAAAGAAAAAAAUACUGA